AUGGCUACCUAUGUGCCUCCUACCACCAAUCCAGUGGCUCAGACUAUCCUUGAAGAAGUCCAACGCCUAUACCAGCGCGGUAACACUGGCGAGGUUCCCCUCUACCCUCUGGGCCCUACUGCUAUAAGAGACCGUACCUCCGAGUUUCUUGAUACAGCAGAAGAGUGUUGGGAUCGAUUGCGCGUGUCAUGGCCGGCUGGCAUUGAUCGGGAGCGGGACGAAACCUCGUGGGUGCUGAGGGGAGAGUUUGCAAAUGUUUGCAACAAGCAAGAGUCCGGCCUAAUGCUGUUCGCCCAGGUCACUACCGCGCCAGCCUCUCAUCAGCCUCGCCGUUCUGGACCCCCUAUGGUUACGGCACCCGCUGGUUUACAAGGCCCUAUGAAGCAGGAACCACGUCCUAGGUAUUUACCAGAGCUACCAAUAAUGCGUGGGGCACCAGUCAUACCUGUAAAGCCUAAGGAGGAGCCUGAGGAAGAGUUCAAGGCCGAGAUCAAGGAAGAAUCUCAUGAAGAGAACGCUAGAGCCCCUGCUAAGCGUGCUGCUAGCCCUGAUGGACCAGAAGCCCCUGAGCCCAAGAGGCGUGAUCUUCAUACCAAGCUGGUCUAUAGAUCAAAGGACCAAACACAGAUUGAGUUGUAG